AUGGUGGUCUGCAAAUGCCGAAAGGCUACUAAAUUGUAUUGUUUCGUGCACAAGGUUCCUCUUUGUGGGGAAUGCAUCUGCUUUCCAGAGCAUCAGAUAUGCGUGGUUCGUACGUACUCCGAGUGGGUAAUAGAUGGAGGAUAUGAUUGGCCCCCUAAAUGCUGCUUAUGCCAAGCUGUUUUAAACGAGGAUUCUGGUGAAACAACUCGGUUGGGUUGCAUGCAUGUAAUACACACAAGUUGUUUGGUUUCACAUAUCAAAAGCUUUCCUCCACACACAGCACCAGCUGGAUACGUGUGCCCAUUGUGUUCAAUACCGAUAUGGCCUCCGAAAAAUGUUAAAGACUCGGGAUCUCGUUUCUAUUCAAAGCUGAAGGAAGCUAUUAUCCAGACGGGUCUAGAGAAGAACCUGUUCGGAAACCAUCCAGUUUCCUUACCGCCACCACCUCCUGCAUUUGCAACCGAUCCGUUGGUUUCUAUUUCUCCUUCGUCAUUGUUGGCAAAAGAUGAUCCAAGUAACUCGGGUGAGGGAUACUCAAGUGUCUCCGGAAUGAUGCCAUCUAAGAUUUCAAUACCGGACAUUGUGGAGAUUGAUAGUUCCAGUUCUGGGGCAAAUUAUUUGAACAAUUCUAGUCCGGCUGCUCCUGUUGCAACUACUAGAAAAGGCGGUAUCCAUUACGAGAGGCAAAAUUCAGAAAUUUCAUACUAUGCAGAUGAUGAAGACGGGAACCGAAAAAAGUACUCUCGAAGGGGUCCAAUCCAACAUAAGUUCCUCAGAGCAUUGCUCCCUUUCUGGUCAAGUGCAUUGCCAACUUUACCAGUAACUGCCCCUCCACGUAAAGAUGCUACAAAUGCUGACGAUGCCCCUGAUGUCCGCACAAGGCACCAGAGAUCAUCAAGGAUGGAUCCCAGAAAGAUACUUCUCUUCAUAGCAAUCAUGGCAUGCAUGGCGACCAUGGGAAUACUGUACUACAGAAUCGCACAACGGGGUUUUGGGGACGAGCCAGGUGACGAGCAGCAGUAA